CAGUCCGUACGGAGGCCGCGGCGCGCUCGCUCGGCCCUCAGUCCGGACUGUCGCUCCCGCUCGCCCGCAGUGUGUGCAACGAUAGCGGCGCGGCCUAAGUGCGGCGCGCGGCGCUGUGGCGCAUGGCGCUACUGUACCGCGCUACGCGGCUCAAGGACCGCGCCGACACCCACGUCUUCACCUUCGUCGUGACGCGCUCCGCCACGCGUGAGCCCGACCGCGACGUCACUUCCAAAGACUUCUGUUGCGCGCACCAGCGCUGGGCUGUCGCAUUCAGUCGCAAUGAUGCGUCUCUCGGUGUAUACCUUGUGUGGCGCGGCGCAUGCGAGGGUAUGCGCGUCUAUGUGGACUUCACUUUCACUCUGUUGAGCCGCGACCAUUUUACCGCCAAUGAGGGCUUCUCGGGGAAGCAGGUUCGCUUCAACGCUGGGUGCGCGGCGCAGGGUCGUGGUCGCUGUGUCUCCAUCGUCGAGCUCAAUGCUAAGUUCGCAGACUCACGCGGAGAGUUCCAGCUGGAGCUUACCAUGUCACGCGUGCGCACGCUCUACUCGUGCGAGCUGCGAGCGCCACGACUGGACACGCCGCCCAUAGCUUUCGCCGGCUUCGACUGGUCGGUGUCGGCGACCGGCGGUGUCGGCAAGGAGCCCCUAUCGCUGCGGCUGCUGCGCCUCUCAGGCGAGGGCCAACGCUGCCGUGUGCGCUACGCCCUAGCACUCGGCGAGGGUGAUCGGCGCAUGCACUCAGGUCCGCUGGAGUGCGUGUGCGACGCGGAGGGCCGUACCACGUCGUGGACUCCGCGUCCCGCCACACGCGUGCCGCAUAAGGGCAUCCGCCUGACGGUAGAGCUGUUGUGGGCGCGCGCACUCGCCGAAUUGUCGGUCGCGGCCAAUGGACGCGCGGCUACGUGCUACGACCGCGACAAACAGGCAUGGGCCAUCCGUUGCGACACGCACUCGGAGACAGUGCGGCUGCACAUGUUGUACCGCGACGUGCACCACGUGCCGCGCAAUCACCUGCGCUACGUGAGCUGGUCGGCGUGGCUGGUCCGCGCGGCGCCCGCGCCUGGUGAACCCGAGGCGGAAGAGCUGCCUGGUGCGCCCUUCGAGCACUAUUACGCGCAGGACAACGCCGAUGAAGGGCUCAUGAUGGAGACAGCGCUGCGCGUUGAGGAGGUUUCGCGCCCGGGGCCCUUCCUGCACCCCGGUGGCGAACUUCGCGUGCGCCUUGAGUGGGGCGAUACCUACCUACUUUUUCAAGCGACUUAUCAUGUCUACGACGAUUUGUGUCGCUUACACGCGCAUCAAAUGAGGCGCGAGAUCGCCGUUCUGCAGGCGGAGAACUACUCUUUGGAGCGGCAGCUGUUCAGUUACCAGAAGAGCUUGGCGUAUGCGCAGGCGCAGGCGGGCGGGGAGGGCCCGGCAGAGGGCGGGCGCCGUUCGCCGGCCGAGCGCUCGCUCUCCACAGACACGGAGUACGCGUGAACCAUUCACCGAGCUGCUCGCCAGACCGCGCGCCUCGCGAACUUCUCGUCUCGGUUGUGCCACACGUAGUGACGCCCGAGUUCCACUCUUCUAUCUUUUCGACUGAUUCUGACGUUUUUGAGCGAUUUAUCUAUUUUUCUAAAAGUUUUAUGGCGAGGUGCGCCUCGUCCGCACCGCUUUCCGCCGGUCGCCUGCACUCUCGCCGCUCGACUCUAUCGAUAGCCGAUUAUUAUAUUCGACUACUUUUCUAUUUGUCUGUACAUAAAGUAUAUUUAGAUAUUAUAUAUUAUGUAUAUUUCUUAACUUGAAACUCGAAUUCAUAUACUGCAACAGUCGAUUUACGAAUAAAAG